GGCGUCACAAUCCCGGCCACAACCACAACUCCAGCUCGGGGCUGCGAUGGCGCUCCGUCAGGCGCUAGGCCGCGGGGCCCGCUUGGGCCGGGCCUUGCUGUGGCGCUGGGUCGGAGGGGCGCCGCGGCCUCCUCUUCCGGUUCAUCCCCCCGCAGCCCUCCCGCUCCGCCCGGGGGGCUUCCUACGCGAGGCCGCGGCUUGGCUAGGCCUCACCCGGAGCCCACGCUUCUUCCCCCAAAGGGUCCCGCUUGGGCCUCGCCGCCUCGGCUUGGCCUUCAGCCUCGGCCUCGCGUUGUUUGAGCCCGCGCUGGCCGAGCAGAGGAGGGCGGACGAGGCUUGCCAGGACAUCCAGACCCUCUUCGCCCGGAGGAGCAAGCCCCAUCGAGAGACCCCGGGGUUGCCCCGCCAGCGUGGCUUCCGAUUGGAGGAAUACACCAUUGGGAGGCCCCUUGGGAAGGGGUGCAGUGCCGCCGUCUACGAAGCCGCCGUACCCUUUGGGAUCGGGGCCGCCCCCCAGGACGAUGAGGCCGGGCCCACCACCUUCCCCUGGGCCAUCAAGAUGAUGUGGAACAUCUCGGCCGGGUCAUCAAGCGAAGGCAUCCUCCGCUCCAUGUCUCAGGAGCUGGUCCCAGCCAGCAGUGCCGCCAUCGCUGGAGAAUUUGGGACUAUUGCAUGUCACAGGUAUGGUUACAGUCCCUGGCGGCGGUUGAGUCCGCACCCCAACGUGGUGCGAGUGCUCCGCGCCUUCACCUCGGCGGUGCCGUUGCUGCCGGGGGCCACGGCGGAGUAUCCGGACGUCCUUCCCCCGGCCCUGAGCCCCUCCGGCCUGGGACACAGCCGCACCCUCUUCCUCGUCAUGAAGAACUACCCCUUCACGCUGCGCCAGUUCCUACGCCAAGACCCUCACCCGCCGCCCCCGCGCACGGCCACCCUGAUGCUCCUGCAGCUCCUGGAGGGCGUGGACCACCUCCUCUCCCAUGGUGUGGCCCACCGGGACCUCAAGGCCGACAACAUCCUCGUGGAGGUCGACCCCGCCGGUCUCCCGUGGCUGGUCAUCUCCGAUUUCGGCUGCUGUUUGGCCGACGAAAGGAUCGGCCUGAAGCUGCCCUUCACCAGUUGGUACGUGGACCGCGGGGGGAACAGCUGCCUCAUGGCCCCAGAGGUGGCCACGGCUGUCCCAGGCCCAGGCGUGGUGAUUGAUUACAGCAAGGCGGACUCCUGGGCGGUGGGGGCCCUGGCCUAUGAGAUCUAUGGGGCCGGGAACCCGUUCUACGGCCCUCUGGAAGGAAGGAGCUACCAGGACUCGGACCUGCCCCCCUUCCCGGAGGAAGCGCCCCACCAAGUCAGGAAGGCGGUGGCCGGGCUCCUAAGGAGGGAUCCCCACAAGCGGCUGGGGGCCCGGAUGGCAGCCAACAUCCUGCACUUGAGCCUCUGGGGCCGGGAGCUCCUGGCGGGGGGGCUGGGCUGUGGCCUGGAGGCCAUGGUGUGCUGGCUGCUCCGCCACUCGGCCGCCGCGCUGCUGCAGGACCGCCUGGCGGGGAGGGCGGGCGUCGAGUCCCGCCUGCAGGCCUGCUUCCUCUCCCGGCUGGACUGCGCGGAGCUCUGCGAGGCGGCCGCCCUGCUCCACGCCUGGAGGGAACCCCAGUAAAAAGACACCCGGCUUCGUUGAAGCAGUCUCGGCCCAAAUAUGUGGGGGUCUCGGAGGUGCAAAGAGGGCGGAGGGAGGUCCACGCGCAAGGAGGCAAAGAGGAGCACGUGUAACGUGUUCCUAGAAGGCAUGCUUCUCAAGCACUUACAAAACUAAAACUCUGGUGGUGAAAACUAGGGGGCGCUAGUGCUUGGCUUCUCCAGUGUUGCUCAAGUUCUGGUGGUGAAAAUUCCAGAACUCUAACAAAACUUUCAAAAUUUCAUUAUAAAUUGCAGUUACUAAUUGGUUCUGUCAUAGAAAUCAUCAAUAAUGAAAUAAUAAGGAAAUUUUGAGAGUUUUGUUAGAGUUCUGGAAUUUUCACCACCAGGACUUUAUAAUGAAAUUUUGAGAGUUUUGUUAAGAGUUCUGGAAUUUUCACCACCAGGACUUUGUAGUGAAAUUUUGAGA